GACACACGUGGUAUAUUCGAUCAUCGUGUCGAUACUUAUUAUGGUAAUGGUACUACUGGUGGAUCUGGUUUAAUGCCACAAAUGACAAUGGAAUCUUCACAUAUGAAUAAUUCACCAUAUAUGACUGGUAGUCAACGAACAAUAACUCAACAAACAACUGUAGCUGCAACAGAUUAUUAUAAACAUUUAACAGAAGAAUUAAAUAAAUGUUUUGAUGAUAUUGAAUUAUUUGUACGUUAUCUUGAAGCAUUAAUGGAAUAUACCAAAGAAUUAGAACGUGAUCAUCGACGAAAAGAAAAAAAAACAACUACUGGUUUAAAACAAAUGGUUGAAAAAAUUCCUGAUGAUCGUUAUUUUAUUGAUAUAUUACAAAAAUUUAAACAUUCAUUUAAUCUAUUAGGUGAACUUAAACAUAUAAUACAUAAUCCAAAUGCACCUGAAUUAAUACAUUAUUUAUUAUCACCAUUACAAUUUAUUAUAUUUAUAUUACGUACAAAACAUGUCAAUCAAUUACAAUUAGCACAAGAAAUUUGGACACCAGCAUUAACAAAAGAAGCAAAAGAAUUAUUAUUAAAUUGUUUAACAUCAAAAGAACAUGAAAUUUUACGUAAUCUUGGUGCUGCAUGGGUUCGAACAGCUGAUGAUUCAACAGCAAAAUUUUCCGAUUAUCGACCAGUAUUCUAUGAAGGUCGUGCUGUAUGGAUUCAAGAUGCACCAAUUGAACAACCACAAUCAAUGCAUAUACAACCAGCACGUCCUAUUGAACGAACACCACAACAUACUCAUCCAUUUACUCAAUUUGAUGAACGCCAACAAUCAGUUUGGUCUACGACUCGUCAAACGAAUCAAAUCAAUAAUACGAAUAAUGGUUUAGCGCCUAAUUAUAAUACAACAUUUGCUCGACAACCAUCACCAAGUAUACCUCAAUUUGAUACAUCAGCUAUCAAUCGUACAGCUAAAACUGAGGUAUUAGACGAUUAUAAUGCUCAUAUGCAAAAUGAACAUGCUUGGGCUAUUGAUCGUAAACGUGCUGGAGCAAAAAUUUGUGCUGUAAAAAUUGAUCGUAAAGGUCAUAAUCCUAAAGAAUUAACUGUACGUCGUGGUGAAUUAAUUGAAAUAGAAGAUAGUUCGAAGAAAUGGUGGCGUGCAAGAAAUUUUCAUGGUGAUAUUGGUCAUGUACCAAAUAAUAUUGUUGAAGAAAUUGAAAUUGAACAUCGACCAGUUAAAGUAUCACCAUCAGUUCCACCAGGUAUAAAUUCAUAUCGUCCUAUAUCAAAUACCAUUAGUCGUACGCGUUAUAAUUAA